UUCCGAGAGCAGAUAUAGCGCAAUAACCGUAGCCGACCGAUCCCGAUCCCACCCCGCUCCAACGCCAGGCAGUCUGGCAAUGACAUGUGGCCUGCAUGCAUGAUCACUUUGAUGACGCUGGUUUCGUAAUAGUGUGAUAACACUGAUUGCUGCACGGCGCAUGGUUGAAGAAGGGGGCGGGGAAUACAACGAUAAGCCUGUCAGCCUGUUCUCACAUGCGAUACCUUUUUCAGUUCAUCAUCGCUGCCCUGGCCAUGAUGGCCGCCGCCGACCGGCCCCAGCCGACCUACGCCCCGGCACCGACCUACAGGCCCCGGCCGGCGUACACCCCGGCUCCGGCGUACAAGCCCCAGCCCAGCUACGCCCCGGCCCCGGCCUAUAAGCCCCAGCCCAGCUACGCCCCGGCUCCCUCCCACGGACACAGCGGCUACAAGCCCAUCGCUAUCCUCGAGCAGGAGGACGUUCACCCCGGAGAUGGCACCUACAGUUCUCAUUUCAACACUGAGAAUGGCAUCUACAGGUCCGAGAGUGGCGUCCCUCUGCCCGGCUACGGCAAGAACCAGUACGGGCAGGAGGAGGGAAGCUACAAGCAGGAGGGCUCCUGGAGCUACACUGACGGCUACGGCAACCCCGUCAAGGUCACCUUUGUCGCCGACGAGAACGGCUACCAGCCAUCCAGUGACGUGCUGCCGACCCCGGUGCCCACCGAGUACCCGACUCCCGAGGUCAGCUACGACAACAGCUACCAGCAGCCUCAGCCCGCCUACGGCAAAUACUGAGCCGUCGACUCACACCGUGAUACAUCAUCGUCAUUUGCUGUGAUGCGCAAAUGUCCUCUUUGUUCCCAUUUAUUUAUAUACCCGUUUGAUGCGAAACCAUGAAGAGCAUGGUAACAAAAUACAUAUGUCACGCCUACUUUGACUGUGUCUAUCAUUUUCUACUGAAUUGCGCGGCGCUCGACUA